GCAAAUCAGUCAGAGUGUCCCAGCGAACAGACGUGUGCAGACGUGCCAAAAAGUGCUAAAAACUAAAGAGAAGUGCUCCAAGUACCCCCCACACACACACACACACCCAUACGCACGCACGUUAAGCUGUUUUUUUGUUCGUGAAAGAAAAGAAACGAGGAGAAAAGAAAAGUGCGGUGGCAAGCGAAAGAGCUUGAUAGAGAGAGGGGCAAAAGAAAGAAAAAGUGAAAAGACAAGACACGAAAAAAAAAAGAUCAUGGCCAGUGCAGAGCAGAAACACGCCACCGCCGCCGGGAAUGGAACAGCUGGCAAUGGAACGGCCAACGAGGUGGAGCAGCCCAAGGAUGCCAAGGACCUGUUGCCGCAUCUCGAGUCCCUCGAGAGGAUCAUCAAGUUGCCGGUGGUGAAUGCGGCCUGGGACAAGUCGCAGGAUGUCUAUGGCAAAGUAAAAGGCAAGAACCGCGUUUUUGAAUGGGCCUUAACGGCGGCCGAGGAUUGUGUGACGCGCGCGGUGACAACGGCGGCUCCCUUCGUCACCAAACUGGACCGACCCAUCGCCUAUGUGGACCAGACCCUCGUCAAGGGCAUCGACAAGCUGGAGGUGAAGGCGCCGAUCAUCAAGGACACGCCGCAGGAGAUCUACAACCAGGCCAAGAGCAAGGUGAUCGAUGUGGUGCAGCCGCAUUUGGAGCGCGUGGUCAAGUUCAAGGCCGCCGGGCAGCAGAAGGCCGCCUCGCUGAAGGAUCUCGCCUGGCAGAAGGCCAACGAGGUCCUGGCCACCCAGUACGGCAGCCUGGCGGUGAAUGGAGUGGACACCACGACGGCGCUGGCCGAGCGCCUCCUGGAAUACUACUUCCCCAAGUGCGAGUCUGAUGUGGAGGAGGAUAAUGAUGAUAAACAAAAUGCCGUCGUGCAGAAUGGCAAGAGUUCUGAAAAUGACAUGCCAGUUCCCGCCAGCGAGGAUCCAGUCCUACACACAGUACAGACAGUUGGACGGCUAUCCAACAAGAUCUCGCGUCGCGUCUAUCGAAAUGUCUCCCGACAGAUCAAGCAGGUCCAGAAGGGCAACAUCAACGACUAUCUGAGCUCCCUGAUAGCCGCCCUCAAGUUGCAUCAGUACAUCAACUUUAUUAACUCGUCGAUGGGCACGAAUGUGGAGCAGUCGGGCAGCAGCAGCGACACCAACUGUUCGCCUUUUGGACCCACCACUUCCAGCAGUAACACCAGUUCCACCAGCAACAACGCGGCGGUUGUGGCCAAAAGCAAACAGGCGGCGGCGGUUUCGUCUCAGUAGUGGAUUAACAGCAGCAGCAGCCCAUCUACAACUAUAUCUUUAGCUAGAUAUUAUCCUAUUUCACACACCAAGACCACCCCACACACCACCCACCCACGCCGCCCAUUUUAUAAUGUAUUUUAUAAUUUCCCCUUUUUUUUUUUUUUGGGUAAUACAAGUAGUACUCCCAUAAUGGAUCAUCUAAAGUGGAGAAGGCCCCCUCCCCCAAAACCUGCGCAACCUGCUUUGUAAAUAUUUAUUUGAAGAAUAGCCCUCACCACCAACCUAGUUGUAAGAUAUAGUAGUCGCAGAGAUCGGGAGUCAGAGGAGAGCGUUUUUUUUUCGUCAAUUUUAGCUGUGCUAAAGUGCCACGCAUGCAUUGAAUAAUACAUAAUAUAUAUACACCUAUAUAUGCCUGAUAUAUAUACACACAUAUAUAAUAUAUAAUAUAAAGAAACGUACGCACACGUCGGCAUAGUGUGGUUUAGCUAUACGUAUACGUAAUCUAAUGCUAUUUCUAUAUCUAUUUAAUUUCCAUUGUACGCUCGCUGGGAGCCCAACCAGAUGAUGUCUAAUUGCUAAUGAAAAUGAAUUAUGCCUAAUAUAUAUAACCAUAUAUAUACAUAACAAUUGUAUGGAGAACCUAGCCAUAAUGUUUGCUCUAAACAACUAGAUUGAUAAUAUUAAAUAUUAAUAAAAAGAACCAACGCAAAACUGGAACAAGAACAAGAAAA